GCGCAGCCGAGGAAGGAGGAGGAGGAGGGGGCGCGUGAGGGGAGCGGGUCUCGCGCGCUGGCCGGUUCGCGGUUGGUCUUCCCGUCUCUCGUCCCCGCCCGGAGCCCGAUGCCUUCAUAGCAGAACGCCUUUCGCUUCCACAGCCACUGGGAAAGUGACCGUUUCCAGCGUAUCUGCUCUUCCUUGGAAGCCCAGCAAAUUCUCUGCUUCUCCUCUUCUAGAAGUACAUCAGUACAGAGGCUGGAGAAACGUCACAGCUAGGAGAGGAGAGCGUUGCCAGAAUGUCUGACAGCGAGGACAGUAAUUUCUCUGAAGAAGAGAGUGAACGCAGCAGCGAGGCAGAGGAGGCAGAAGAGAAUGAGGCAGAAGAGCGUGCCAGUGUUGUAGGCAGUGAGAAAGAAGAAGUGGAGGAAGAAGAAGAGGAGGAGGAAGAGGAGGAAUAUGAUGAAGAGGAGGAAGAGGAUGAUGAUCGGCCUGCCAAAAAACCCAGACACGGGGGCUUUAUCUUGGACGAAGCCGAUGUGGAUGAUGAGUAUGAAGAUGAAGAUCAGUGGGAGGAUGGCGCUGAGGACAUCCUGGAGAAAGAAGAAAUUGAAGCCUCCAACAUUGACAAUGUGGUUCUGGAUGAGGAUCGCUCUGGGGCACGGAGGCUGCAGAACCUCUGGAGGGACCAGCGAGAGGAGGAGCUAGGCGAGUACUACAUGAAGAAAUACGCCAAGUCCUCCGUGGGCGAGACGGUGUACGGUGGUUCUGACGAGCUCUCUGACGACAUUACGCAGCAGCAGCUUCUGCCUGGAGUCAAGGAUCCCAACCUCUGGACUGUGAAGUGCAAGAUUGGAGAGGAACGGGCCACAGCCAUCGCACUGAUGAGGAAGUUCAUUGCGUACCAGUUUACCGACACACCCUUGCAGAUCAAGUCGGUGGUUGCCCCCGAGCACGUGAAGGGCUACAUCUACGUGGAGGCUUACAAGCAGACCCACGUCAAGCAAGCCAUCGAGGGGGUCGGCAACCUCCGGAUGGGCUACUGGAACCAGCAGAUGGUGCCCAUCAAGGAGAUGACAGACGUCCUGAAGGUGGUGAAGGAGGUGACCAACCUGAAGCCUAAGUCAUGGGUCCGGCUCAAGAGGGGCAUCUACAAGGAUGACAUUGCUCAGGUGGAUUAUGUGGAGCCGAGCCAGAAUCAGAUCUCCCUGAAGAUGAUUCCACGCAUUGAUUUUGACCGCAUCAAAGCACGCAUGAGUUUGAAAGACUGGUUUGCCAAAAGGAAGAAGUUCAAACGUCCCCCGCAGCGUCUCUUUGAUGCAGAGAAGAUCCGGUCGUUGGGCGGUGAUGUGGCCUCUGAUGGCGAUUUCCUCAUCUUUGAGGGGAACCGAUACAGCCGGAAGGGGUUCCUCUUCAAGAGCUUUGCGAUGUCAGCUGUGAUCACAGAAGGAGUGAAGCCCACCCUGUCUGAGCUGGAGAAAUUUGAAGACCAGCCUGAAGGCAUCGACCUGGAGGUGGUGACAGAAAGCACAGGGAAGGAACGGGAGCACAACUUCCAGCCCGGUGACAAUGUGGAGGUAUGCGAAGGGGAGCUGAUCAACCUCCAGGGUAAGAUCCUGAGCGUGGACGGCAACAAGAUCACCAUCAUGCCGAAGCACGAAGAUCUCAAGGACAUGCUGGAGUUCCCAGCCCAAGAGUUGCGCAAAUACUUCAAAAUGGGGGACCAUGUGAAGGUGAUCGCGGGGCGCUUUGAGGGCGACACAGGACUAAUUGUACGCGUGGAGGAAAACUUUGUCAUCCUCUUUUCGGACCUCACAAUGCAUGAGCUCAAAGUCCUCCCUCGAGACCUUCAGCUCUGCUCGGAGACGGCCUCUGGAGUGGAUGUGGGUGGCCAGCAUGAGUGGGGAGAAUUGGUGCAGCUGGAUCCCCAGACCAUCGGGGUGAUCGUUCGGCUGGAGCGGGAGACUUUCCAGGUCCUCAACAUGUACGGCAAAGUCGUGACCGUCAGGCACCAGGCUGUGAACCGGAAGAAGGACAACCGGUUUGCGGUGGCCCUGGACUCUGAGCACAACGACAUUCAUGUGAAGGACAUCGUCAAAGUCAUUGAUGGGCCACAUUCGGGCCGUGAGGGUGAGAUUCGUCACUUGUUCCGGAGCUUUGCUUUCCUGCACUGCAAGAAGCUGGUGGAAAAUGGGGGCAUGUUUGUGUGCAAGACCCGCCAUCUGGUCCUGGCUGGGAGCUCAAAGCCCCGGGAUGUGACCAACUUCACCAUUGGCGGCUUUGCCCCCAUGAGUCCUCGUAUCAACAGUCCCAUGCAUCCCAGCUCUGGAGGGCAACGCGGGGGCUUUGGCGGGGGAGGAAUGAGCCGAGGCCGUGGGCGCCGAGACGACUUCAUUGGGAAGACGGUGCGGAUUUCUCAAGGCCCCUACAAAGGCUACAUUGGUGUGGUCAAGGACGCCACGGAAUCCACGGCCCGAGUGGAGCUGCACUCCACCUGCCAGACCAUCUCUGUGGACCGGCAGCACCUCACCACUGUCGGUUCGAGGAUGCCAGGCGACAUGACGUCCACUUAUGGGCAGACCCCCAUGUAUGGCUCCCAGACCCCCAUGUAUGGCUCAGGGUCCUGCACGCCCAUGUACAGCUCCCAGACUCCCUUGCACGAUGGAAACCGGACCCCGCACUAUGGCUCUCGAACCCCAUUGCACGACGGGAGCCGGACCCCUGCACAGAGCGGGGCGUGGGACCCCAACAACCCCAACACGCCGUCCAGGACCGAUGAAGAGUUCGACUAUGGUUUUGAUGAUGAACCCACUCCCUCACCCCAAGGCUACGGAGGAACCCCCAACCCACAGACCCCUGGCUAUCCGGACCCCUCUUCCCCACAGGUCAACCCACCGUACAACCCUCAGACCCCUGGCACUCCAGCCAUGUACAACACAGACCAGUUCUCUCCGUAUGCCGUUCCGUCCCCUCAGGGCUCCUACCAGCCAAGUCCCAGCCCUCAGAGUUUCCAUCAAGUGGCACCCAGUCCUGUCGGCUAUCAGAACACCCACUCGCCAGCCAGCUACCAUCCAACACCAUCGCCCAUGGCGUACCAGGCUAGCCCAAGCCCCAGCCCAGUGGGCUACAGCCCUAUGACCCCAGGUGCUCCUUCCCCUGGAGGCUACAAUCCGCACACUCCUGGUUCUGGGAUCGAGCAGAGCUCCAGCGACUGGGUCACCACUGACAUCCAGGUCAAAGUGCGUGACACGUACUUGGACAGCCAAGUUGUGGGGCAGACGGGUGUCAUCCGCAGUGUGACGGGUGGGAUGUGUUCCGUCUACCUAAAGGACAGUGAGAAGGUGGUCAGCAUUUCGAGUGAGCACCUGGAGCCUGUCACGCCCACCAAGAACAAUAAGGUCAAGGUCAUCUUGGGAGAGGACCGCGAGGCGACAGGUGUCCUGCUGAGCAUCGACGGGGAGGAUGGCAUUGUCCGCAUGGACUUGGAAGAACAGCUCAAGAUCCUCAACCUGCGUUUCCUUGGCAAGCUGCUGGAGGCCUAGCGGGAUGGAAGUUCCUUUGUGUGUUUGCGGCAUGAGUGGUUCCCUGUUUUGUAUUUUACCAUAGUGCCUGCAGAGCCCCAAACCCAUGUCCUUGUACAGACCAACUCCUGAUGAAGUUUUAUUUUUGUGUGUGUGUGUGUGUUUGUAUGUAUGUAUGUGCGCGUGUGCAUCAUCCAUCUCUGCUUCUUUCCCCAGCCCAGAAGGUGACUUUGCCUUUUGGGAGGUAUGCCAGGGGAGGGGGGACCAUACCAUUGUGUGUAAAGUGACCAGCAAAAGAAGACGCAGUGAGUCCAGCACACCUGUAUUCCCUUCUCUCCUGUAGCACUUUAUGCCCCGUGGAGCUGGUAGCUUGCUUUAAUAAAAAUCUUUCCAUAGGCCC